AACAAUUUCUCGAACGUAAACCUCACCACAAAUUCUGCUGCCCCAGUGCUCCUUCAGCAAGCUGCCCGAAACCUCACCGACACGAUGCCUCCCAACCAGAUGACAAAGGGUGAUGCUUCUCGCAUCCAGGCUGGCCGGGCCAAGGCCGGGGGCGACAUGUCCUCUAACGGCUUCUCAGCACGUGCUCAAUCUGCUGGUGAUCGAAAUUCGAAUGUCAACUUUGGCACCACCAACACCUCUUCCGGAUUUGGCAAUGCUGGUAUUGGAGAUGGAAAGCCAGGUGGUGGAGGUGGUGGCAGUCGUGCUGGAGCUAAGUAGCUGAGUUGGGACAAAAUGCUGGUGAGAGUUCAAUAAUGAGGGGACUUGGACAUUCUUUUUGGAUCAAUGCUUGUUAGUCAUGGAAUUUGCAUUGGAAAGAGAUGGGCUCCGGGAAAGGAGGCUUUGGCACUAUUUGUUCAGACACCUUGUGGUUGAAAACUG